AUGAAUGAAUGGACUAGUUGCAUGAGCAAUCUUGAGGUGGAAAGUGUGAACAUUGAUCUCGAUGAAUAUCAAGGCGAACCAGAUGAAAUCGCUCAAAAGAAAUGUCUUGCGGCUGUUGAAAGGUUGAAUUGUCCAGUUAUAACGGAGGAUACUUGUUUAUGUUUUAAUGCUCUCGGUGGAUUGCCAGGACCAUAUAUCAAAUGGUUUUUGAAUAAACUGAAACCAGUUGGUCUUUAUAAGCUUUUAGCUGGUUUUGAAGAUAAGACGGCAUAUGCUAUUUGCACUUUCGCAUAUUGUGAAGGUGUUGGGAAAUCAGUUCAACUUUUUCAAGGCAUUUUUAAUUUUUUUCAGCAUUGUUCUUCACAUCUUAUACUUUAUCGUUCAUAUUCAGGGCGAACAGAUGGAUGCAUAACCAAACCACGAGGAGAAACUGCCUUUGGUUGGGAUCCAUGUUUCCAACCAGAUGGUUACAUUUUGACCUAUGCUGAAAUGGACAAAUCGUUGAAAAACAUGAUUAGCCAUAGAGCGAAGGCACUGCAAAAGAUGAAAGAUUUUUUUUGUGUUUAUUAA